AUGGAAGGAGGUGUAUGGGGACUAGUUAUCAUUCUCUCAGCUUUCAUGAUUCAGUUUAUUGCUUUUGGAAUCAGUGGUUCUAUAGGUGUUUACAAUGUAGAGUUUUUGGAUGAUUUUGAAACUGAUGCUUUGGAGGUCUCACUGAUUUCUUCAAUAAACCUGGGAGUAUUUCUUGGGACAGGUCCUCUGGCUAGCUAUUUAAUGGACAGAUUCUCACAUAGAAAAGUGGUUAUUUUUGGUGGGUUGAUGUGUUCAAUGGGUAUAUUAGCUAUACCAUGGUUACCAAGUAUCAAUUAUUUAUAUUUUGUCUAUGGAGUUGUAAAUGGAUUGGGUGGCUGUCUUGCAUACGUACCCUCGCAUGUACUAAGUGGUUUGUAUUAUGAUAAGAAACGAGGAUUAGCAACAGGUAUAGCCACUGCAGGAUCUGGUUUAGGAAUUACGGUUGGUCCUAUAGUUAUAGCAUAUCUUAUCGAGGAAUACACUUGGCGAGGAUCUCUGAUAAUUUUGACAGGUGUUAGUUUAAAUAUAAUGGUAUUUGGUGCACUCUUACGUCCCGUACCGAUGAAAGCUAAAACCAAAAUCAUAUCGAAGUCUGAAGUACCCUCCAUUAGUUCCAACCUUGAAACGGUGGUUCCGCUUCCCAAUACAGACGAUCGCAAGAUGCCGUAUUUAAAAAAAUUGGUCAAAUACAUCUUAACGGAUAUAGAUUUUCUGGUGUAUUUUGUUAAUAAUAUAUUUUGGAAUAUGGGACUUGGUAUAAUAUUAGCUCUACUAGCAGAAUUUUGUGUUGAAAAGGGUAUUUCAAAAAUAGACAGUGCCUUCAUAGUGACAUUAAACGGUUUAGGAAGUUUUGUUGGAUGUUUGACAGGUGGAGUAUUGAGCAAUAUCAAAAGACUUAAUUCAUAUUAUACCUUUGCUUUAGUCAAUGUCCUGGCUGGGGUUUCGCUGCUUUUGAUGCCAAUAUUUUCAGGAAUACACCUCUAUAUCACAUUAUCAAUUUUAUGCGGGUUUUUCAUUGGAAUAAUACUUGGAUACCUGUUAGCUCUUCUAGCUGAUAUUCUGGGUCCAGAACUAUUUGGAGACGGUGUAGGUGUAAUAAUGAUAGCAAACGGACUUGGGGCGUUCUUAGGACCCUCCAUAGCAGGUAAGAAAUUCUAUUUCUUCUAA